AUGACUAAAAUUGCUAAAAUAUCAAGGAGAAUAUCAAUUGGAAGUACAGUGAUAACUAACAGCGUAGUUGUACUUUGGGCUAUCUCACGAUUCUUGUUGAUGCGUCGUACCGGUCGUGCAUUAUUCUUACAAUCAUAUUUUCCCUACGAGACAUUGGUCACACCAAAUUUUCAAAUAAUAUCAAUUGGACAAAUAAUAUCUGCCUUUUAUACAGCAACAACUUACACGGCUGUCGACACUUUCGUUGCAAUGUUGAUAUUUCACGUGUGCGGACAAUUAGCAAAUCUUCGGCGACAAUUGAAAAACAUUUGCAACGAUAAAAAUGGAAAUUUCAAACAAAAUUUUGCCGAUAUCGUGAAGAAACAUGAUUGCCUUAACGAAUUUGCCAACACGAUAGAGGAAAAAUUUAAUAGAAUGUUGUUGAUGCAAAUGCUCGGUUGUACCGUAAAACUAUGCGUUUUAUUCUUCCAAGCACUUUUGUCGAUUACUGAAGAAAAUCAAGAACUGCUCGUGUUUCAAAUAUGCUUCCUAACACUUUACAUAUGCUAUAUUCUGUUACAAAUUUAUCUUUAUUGUUACAUAGGAGAAGAAUUAGUAUCAAAGAGCAAUGAAAUGGCCGACGCAGCAUACGAGUGCGAAUGGUACAACAUAACUCCAAAACAAAGUAAAUAUCUUAUUUUAAUGAUUCGUCGAGCACGAUCACCAUUACACAUAACCGCUGGUCGAUUUUGUUCAUUCAAUCUUCUUCUUUUUACCAAAAUUUUAAAAACGUCCAUGGGUUAUUUGUCUGUCCUGUAUACAAUGAAAGCCAAACACGUAGAAUAA